AUGAUGAGAGCUCUUUUCGUGGCUCGAGCCAUCAAAACUACGACAAUACCGAUGAUUCGCACUUUUGCACCACUGCGCUUCGAACACGCUCGAAUAGCAAUGCCACCAUUGGACUUCGAACAAAGACGCUUCUACAGUGCUCCACCUGGCAAAAAAGGCUUCCUCGGAAAUUUGGUUGACAAUGUUCGCGAGGAACUUGAGCGAAACAAGGAAUUACAGGAGAGCAAAAAGAAACUUAACGAGAGAAUGCAAGAGUUGAACGAUUCAGAGGCUCUCAAAGAAGCCCGAAAGAAAUUUGAUAUUGUGGAAAAGGAGAGUUUCAAAAGCUCUGAAGUGAUCAAAGUGAAAAUGCAAGAGCUAACAGACCAGAUGACCAAGAUGGUGAGAGAAAUUCAAAAGACUGAGGCUGGAAAGAAGCUGACGGCUGCCGGUGAAGAGGCGUUAAAACAAGCCCGAGCUGCAGCUGAACAAAUCGAGAAGGUUGCCGAGAAAGUCGGGGAUACGGAGGUCUACAAGACUGUUUCAACGGGUGUUAAAACGGUACAAAAGGAGAUUGACAACAUUACUGAUGUACGAAUGUACAGCCGGCCAGAAACACUGAAAAAACGAAGUGAAAACGAUUUGAGCAAGGAAUGGGAGAAAAGAAACGUGGCGGCUAACGAUGAUGCCACUGACAUUCAACUACACAAAGAUUCGAAGUGGUAUGAAGGCUGGAAAAAGUUUAGCGAGGAAAACAAAUACUAUAACAAAUUGCUUGACUGGAAAAUCCGCUAUGACGAAAGCGACAAUGUCGGUGUGCGACUACUUCGUGGAAUUACCGAACGAGUUGCUGGCGUUUUCAGCGGAAGUAAUGAAGUCUCCGAAGUUCUCACACAAAUUGCAAAAAUCGAUCCGAAAUUUGACAAGUUGGAUUGGUUACGAUUUUGCGAAAAAGAAGUGAUUCCCAAUAUCCUUGAAGCUUUCAUUCGCAUGGACGCGGAGGUGCUUGAGGAUUGGUGCUACGAGAGGGCAUUUGUGGCGAUGUCAAAUGUGAUCAAAGAGUACAAGAAAAUCCACUUCAGCACAAAAGACAGCCGAAUUAUUGAUAUCAAUAAAGUGGAGCUCGUUUCUGGUAAAAUGAUGGAGCACGGACCGGUGCUAAUCAUAACUUUUCAGGCAUUCAUGAUAAAUGUUGUCAAAAAUGCCGAGGGAAAAGUAGUGCAUGGAGAUCCGAAUAACCCCGUUCGAGUGACACAUGUUUGGGUUAUGUGCAGAGAUAUGGAGGAGUUUAAUCCAACUUUGGCCUGGAAAUUACUGGAAGUCCAUAUGCAAGAAGCACCACUCGCCAUU